UUGACUUCCCUAGCUUCUGGUUGUGAUGAAAGAGCUGUCAAGAAGCCAAGACAACUGAAAAAGUUGAGGUUAGAUCCUAGCCUUGCUGAAGAUGCUACUUUGAGAGUGCCAGCCCUAGUGCGGAAAUACGGAUACCCCCUGGAAGAACACACGGUCAAAACCAGCGACCACUACAUUCUGACCAUGCACCGCAUUCCCUACGGUCGGUAUAGCAAAAGGAAAACAAACAGGCCGGUGGUGUUAGUUAUGCACGGAUUAUUGUCUUCUUCCGCAUCUUUUGUCAUGAUGGGACCUGAAAAAGCUCUAGCUUACAUACUAGCCGAGGCUGGUUACGACGUAUGGCUGGGCAAUGCCCGCGGCAACCGCUACUCUCGGCAACACGCCUACAUAAACCCCACGAGCCCUAAGUUCUGGAAGUUCUCAUGGGACGAGAUCGGGGACGUGGACUUGCCGGCUAUGAUCGACUAUGUUUUGGCGAUGACGGGGAGGAAUAAGCUUCAUUAUAUAGGACAUUCACAGGGCACCACGGCGUUCUGGGUGAUGUGCUCCCUGAGAGCCGAGUACAACCACAAGAUCAUCUCCAUGCACGCACUAGCCCCCGUGGCGUACUUGUCACACAAUAAGUGUCCUCUUCUGCGUGUUAUAGCACCGUUUUCUAACACAAUAGCUACAUUUCUACAUUAUAUCGGAAAAGCUGAGAUCAUGACUAACAAGUCGCUGUUGAGCUGGGCCGGAGACGCGAUAUGCAGAAACUUGGCCAUCUUCCAAGAGCUCUGCACGAACAUAUACUUCCUCAUCGGGGGAUGGAGUUCUGUGGAUGUGAACAGGACGAUGAUCCCAGUAAUCCUAGGCCACAACCCAGCCGGUGCGUCGGUCUACCAGCUCGCCCACUACGGCCAGCUCGUGGCCAGCAAGGAGUUCUACCGCUUCGACCACGGUUGGGCCAACUUAUGGAUCUACUACUCCUGGACUCCCCCAAAAUACGACCUUCACAAAGUCACAGCCCCGGUCUUCUUCCACUACUCUCUCUCCGACUCAUGGACUCAAGCCAAAGACGUAGAAAGGUUAGGAAGGGAGCUCGGGAACCUUAGAACUAAACGGGUCAUACCUAUGGCAACAUACAGCCACUCUGAUUUCCUUAUAGGAAUUAAUGCGAAAAGGCUGGUGUAUGAUCAAGUUAUUUCUGAUAUGAGGAGAAUGGAAAGGAAAUAAAUUAAUUUGAA